UUUAAGCGUAGACUGGUGGAACUGUUGGUGGACUGUAGUAGUACUUAGUGGUAGAUGGGGGCCAAAGUUACGCAGAUUCGUCAGAAGGAUUCGUUUCAGCCUCGCGCACUCGGUACUUUACCUAGGUUAGGUAGUUACGAGGUUUUCUUUUGGUCUAAUCUUUUCGGACUGUUGACUACACCCGUCACCUGACGUAAGACCAGGCAGCAUCUCCUUAUUUGAUCUUUCUGUCUAUCUUCUAUCUUCUAUCUUCUAUCCCUGACCAAACCACCCGAAUAGUAUCAGCAUCAACACAAUCACAAUGGGCAAACCACAACCCCAAGACCUGCAAAACGACAGCCCCGAGCUCCCUCCUCCAUCCUACGAAGACGCCAUCAUCCAACCCUCGUCCUCCUCCGCUCCCCCCAGCGCCCCCUAUCCCGUCGACCCCCCGAUCCCCUCGCAACAGCCCUACCUCAGCAUCAACGCCAACACCCGCGCCUGCCACCAAGUCACCCUCUCUCCGUCCCUGAGCAGCGACGCCUCGGCCCUCCACGCGCUCAUCACCCGCCAAGCCGACGUGCCGGCGCGCCCGCAGCUCACCAUCCGCGGCACCCACACCGUCACGCGGUCCGAGAACCACGGUCGGAAACACCGCAGUCGCAACAUCACCGACUUCGACUUCAAGGUUGACCUGUCGCCGUAUGUGGUGGGGCCCGCGGGACCGGACGGAGAUGCCGACGAGGGAUGGCAUGAGCUGAAGGUCGCGGCCGACGGUGACGGGGCGAAGCGGUAUCGCGGGGGAAUCUUCCGGUCGAGACGGUGGAAGGGACACGGAUGUUGUGGACGAAGAGGGGCGAUUCGAUUGUCGGAUGGACGAGGCGAGGCGCCCGGGUUGAUCGGCUGGUGUGAUCGGUUCUGCGAGGAUCCUGCGCCGGUGAAAUCGUUCACAUUCACACGCACCGUCUCGGGUCUGGACUCGGAGAUCAUCCGUUCAGCACUGAAAUCGCACCUGCGGGCGCUCAAUUACCGCGGCAAAGUGGAGGUCUCGACGUCCAUCGCCAACAACUCCAUCACCAUCUACUCACCGCACUGGAUCAACCAGGCGCGCAACAACAGCUGGAUCUUCUACGGCUGUCUGCUGCUGCAGCUGUGGAUUGUGGCGUGGCCGGUCCUGUGGCUGCUGGAGCGCAAGUACCGCGUCGUGGAGUCGGAGUGGCGAUUCUCGCGACCGUCCGGGGCAAGCGGGAAGACGUUCGCGGCCGGACGCAGCGAGGCGGAGGUCGCGAAGGACGUGGCACCGGUGGUGACGCAGGCGGCGUGGGAGAAACGCAGGGCUGGGAAGGUGUUGACCCCCGAGGAGGUCGAUACGUUGCGCCGGUUGGAGCUGGAGGGACGCCAGAGGGGAGGCCGCGUGAUGGUGGUCAACUUUGGGGAUAUGGGCGAGUGGGGGAAUAAUCAUUAUACGUUUGCUGGUUGAGAUGUUAUACCCUUUGUUAGUUCUUUUUUUUGUCAUGUGCUGUUUAACCUGGCGAGUAAGGGAGUCAAUGUAGGAUCAGAAUCAUAACCUUGUCCAAAGCCUCGAC